AUGAACCUCCCGCAAAACUCGCGUUUUCGACCGCACGCGGACAGCGUCCAGUGCGUGCGCUUCGGUCGCAAAGCUUCGGGAGAGGACCGACUUGUCGCAACGGGUGGAGACGACCGCCUGGUCAACGUCUGGAAGGUGCGGGAGAACGGGGCCACGAAGAUCACGAGGCUCCAAGGCCAUCAGAGUGCUGUCGAGAGCAUUGUGUUCGAGCCAUUGGAUCGCAAACUUGUGGCUGGAUCGCGGUCCGGACCAGUGGAGGUGUUUGACCUUGAAGCUGGUCAACUGAGUCGAGCGCUGAAAGGGCACAUGGCGGCGACAACGACUCUGGACUACCACCUCUACGGGGACUACGUGGCCUCUGGCUCGAUGGAUACGAUCGUCAAGGUGUGGGAUUUGCGUAUGAAGAGCUGCAUGCAGACGUUCAAGGGCCAUUCGUCGAAGGUUACGGCCGUGAGCUUUACACCCGAUGGACGCUGGCUCACUUCGGGUGACCACGACGGCAGGAUCAGGAUUUGGGAUCUUGCAGCCGGGCGGCUUCUUCAUGAAUUCGCUGAUCACCGUGGCGCUAUCACAAGCUUUGCAUUCAAUCCAGAAGAGCUCAUCUUGGCUUCUUCUGCGGCUGACCGCACUAUUCGAUUCUGGAAUGUCCAAAACUUUGCCGCGUUAGGCGCGACUCCUGUGGACAAUGCGACGACCACAUCAAUGUGCCACACAGUUGCAGAACCAUACCGCGGCAAGUAUCUUGUCAGCUGUUCGCAGGACGCGAUUCAAGUAUGGUCCUACGAAUCUGGGAUUGAGUGUCACGACAGUGUGGCGAUGCCCCGUCAGGGAGAGCUAGACCAUGUCGAAGUUCACGCCGACACAGCAAUGACGAACGACAUGAAGCUCAUGACUGGAUGUAUCCAGGGCGCUUUUGUCUCGAUACGCGUACUAGACGUGAUGCAAAUGCGGCCAUUUCACCACACAACCAACGGCACCCAUGGUGAAGAAGCUGCCGCGACCACCAGCAGGAGCCGUCGACCUCCUUCUGCAAGAGCGGUGUCUCCAUGUGCUACAGCUGAUGCAGAAAAAGUUGCUGCACGAACCAUGACCGUAGCAAAAGCAGCUGACGGGCUGGGCGCAGCGGCACCUGCUUCUGGAGCUGGCAAUGUCGAAGCACCCGAUUGUGUUACACGGGCAAGAAGAUGUGUGGGACUGGAUCAGGUAUCUCGUGAUGCCAACCAUCAAGCGGCUACUCAUCUGGCAACUUCCGAAGUCUUUGUCGCUCAGCCAGAUGCAAUCGCCCGUCCGACAUGUCGUGCUGAAGACCCCAGCAAAGCAGAUAGUGCAAGGCUGAGCACUCUGAACGACGACACGCAAUCGCAACCGCCACACAGACAUACUGAGACGCACGAAACCGAUUCCGAGACGCACGAGACCGAUUCAUCUGCGUUGUCAUCACAGCAGCGAGACGAAGAACUGGUCGUGUCCGACUUUGUGACAGAGCUACGUAGCGGAAUGGACACAUGCGUGAGAGCGUUCAAGGCUCGGCAAAAGUGUGUCCAGCAGCUACUGGUCCACUGGGAGAGAGGUCAUUUGAUCAAUGGUCUUCGGUACAUUGGCGAAUUGCCAAAAGGCAAACGCGCGGCUGUGGUAGUGGAUGUACUGCGUAUCAUGGAUUUGUCAUCUUUGGACGUUGAUCUGGAAGCGUGUACGCUGCUGCUUCCGCUCAUUGUGGAGCUGUUGGAAAGCAGAUUCGAAUUGUACUUGAGUGUCGGCAUCGUGUCUGGGCAUAAGCUGCUGAGCGCAUUUUCUGCCAUUGUGAAAGAUGGUCGAGAUAGGUACACACGAGCAAUGGACAUUGCGGGCAAUGAACGCGACCGAGCGAGACAGUGCAAUACUUGCGACGCUUACUUUCAGGAGAUGCAUCAACGGGUUCAGCACCUGGCAGAGACCUACACUGACUCAGCAUUACGAUGCAAGUUCCAUGCACUUGCACGAGCACUCGACGAUUUCCACCGAUGA